UCAUCAUAUCUGUGAUGUUGCAGCCGUACAGCUGACGGAGCCGUGGCGGUGCGGAAAGGGCCUUCAUUAAUGAAAGUUAAACGCUGGGCUUUCUACAGGACUAAUCAACUUUGCCACGACGUAAGCCAUGGAAGGGACGAGCCAAGAUGUGCCGCUGAGUGUCGACAGCAGCCCACUGGGAAGUCAGGAGGAGGAGGAGACACCCCUGUUUGGCCUAUUGGACGUGCUGAUCCUUCUGGCGUUGCUGGGCUUCGCCAUCUACUGGCUCUUCCUGAGGCGCAAGAAGGCCCCCACCUUCGAUCCAGCCGCCAUCAAAACAUUUUCUAUUGAAACAAAUAUACAGAAGGCUGACAACACAAGCUUUAUCGGAAAAAUGAAAUCAACGGGUAGGAACAUAGUCAUAUUCUACGGAUCACAGACAGGCACAGCAGAAGAGUUUGCUGCUCGUCUGGCCAAGGAAGCCAACAGAUUUGGUCUCAAAGCUAUGGUAGCGGACCCUGAGGAGUGUGAAAUGGAAGACCUGACCAAGCUGCCAGAGAUCACCAACUCAAUGGCCAUCUUUUGUAUGGCAACGUACGGUGAAGGAGACCCCACAGACAAUGCGCAGGACUUUUACCAGUGGCUUCAGGACGGCAGCGUAGAUCUGCCUGGAGUCAAUUAUGCUGUGUUUGCUCUGGGAAACAAGACCUACGAGCACUUUAAUGCGAUGGGGAAGUAUGUUGACAAGCGCAUGGAGGAACUGGGGGCCACUCGUGUCUUUGAGAUGGGCCUCGGAGAUGAUGAUGCAAACAUUGAGGAAGACUUUGUCACCUGGAAAGAGCGCUUCUGGAAUGCCGUUUGUGAGAACUUCCACCUGGAGAUCUCUGGCGAGGACAUCAACCUGCGCCAGUACCAGCUCAUCGUACACACCGACCUUCCUGAUGAGAAGGUCUUCCACGGAGAGAUCUCGCGCCUCAACUCAUACACCACCCAGAAAAUGCCUUUUGAUGCAAAGAACCCAUUCCUGGCACCUGUCCGAGUCCACAAGGAACUGUACAAGGGUUCACGUUCAUGCAUGCACAUUGAGAUUAGCAUUGCUGGUUCCAAAAUGAGGUACGAUGCCGGAGACCAUGUGGCCGUGUACCCAAUGAAUGACAUUGCCAUAGUAGAGAAGCUGGGACAAAUGCUCAAGGUGGAUUUGGACACCGUCAUCACACUGAAAAACCUUGAUGAGGACAGCUCCAAGAAACACCCCUUUCCAUGCCCAUGCAGCUACAGAACUGCACUGCUGUACUACGUGGACAUCACCACUCCCCCUAGGACGCACGUCCUGAAGGAAAUUUCUGAAUAUGCCAGCAAUGAGGAGGAGAAGAAAAAGCUGAAGCUCAUGAGCUCUUCUUCUGAUGAAGGGAAGAGCAUGUACAAGCAGUGGGUGCUCAAUGACUGCCGCAGUGUCGUACACAUUCUGGAGGACUUGCCAUCAGCACGUCCCCCACUGGAUCAUCUUCUGGAGCUCAUGCCCAGGCUGCAAGCUCGAUACUACUCCAUCUCCUCGUCACCAAAGAUGCACCCGGACAGCAUCCACAUGACAGCGGUGAAGGUGGAAUACGAGACGCCGACCAAGCGCAUCAACCACGGUGUUGCCACAGGCUGGCUGGCACUCAAGAGACCCGACAACGGCACGCAGCCCACGCUGCCCGUCUACGUGCGGCGGUCGCAGUUCAAGCUGCCCUCGCGGCCACAGGUUCCCAUUGUGAUGGUGGGGCCCGGCACGGGCUUGGCACCGUUCCGCGGCUUCAUCCAAGAGAGGGAUUUCCUUCGCCAAGAAGGCAAGCCAGUGGGUGAAGCGGUACUCUACUUUGGCUGCCGAAAGAAGGAGGAAGACUACCUUUACCAGGAGGAGCUGGAAGAGUACUUGGCUAAUGGUACACUCACUAAGCUGUACCUGGCCUUCUCGCGAGACCAGCCACACAAGGUGUACGUGACGCAUCUCUUGCGUCAGAACAAAGACGAAGUCUGGGACCUCAUUGGCAAAAAGAAUGGCCACUUUUACAUUUGUGGUGAUGCACGUAACAUGGCGAGGGACGUGCAUGAGAUCCUACUAGAGAUCUUCCGCGAGAAUGGCAACAUGACAGAAGACGAGGCAGUCUCCUACCUCAAGCGCAUGGAGUCGCAGCGGCGCUAUUCGGCUGACGUCUGGAGUUGAUGCCGCCCAGUGGCCACCCUAGCAAGUCAUUACCGGGCAGAGCGGGGCGUGCCGCUGCCCGCCAUCGCCGUGCCCUGCUCGUUGUCACGACGAGACCUCUUCCUGGCCUCCGGGAGACUGUUGCCCUGGGACUCUGUGGUGGCGGGGAUGAUGACGCGGGCCCCUCUCUGCUCCUCCGGUGACGGGGCCCGCAGUCUCUCCCUGACCCCACUUCCCUGCGUUCAGUGGCUUAGUGGCAUUGGUAGUCAGUUCGCAGGCGAAGCCAGUGAGAGUGGUGCACCGCACUGUCCGACAAGCCACAGCUCUGGCAGCAGCAGCAGCGCCCACGCACAUGAGCCCACCCCAGUUUCACGCACACAUUCCCGGUACCACGCUGGUCGUGUCCCAUUGUCUUGUCGCAGUGUGGCGUUUGUGCUUUUUCCAUCCUUGCUUCUUGUCCUGACCUAGCUGCUGUCUCUGCGUCGUUCCUGUUUGCUUUUGUGCAGUAUCAAGUGCUCUCUCCUCUUGUUCUUGUUGGAGAGUAGUUGUUGUUAUGCAUUGCUUACGAACUGCUUGGGCGCAUUGUCAUUUGGUCACUCUCUUGUUGACCGCAUUUUGCAUCCACCGCAUUGGUUGCUCGCAGCAGCAGAAAGUAACUUGUGGGUGUGCGCACUUGGUGUCAGUGUUGUUUUCACAUUGUGACACUAUCGAGUAGUACAGGGUCUUGAAUAUUUCGCUGUGCGUGUUCAAAAAAGGUUUUGUGAUCACCGCUCCACUGUUCUUGCUCAAACUUUGCUGAAAGAUCACAUUUCGGGGUCUACGUCGUUUAGUAUAACACUUGCCACAGUUAAUUGCCUGGUUUUUAAGAAAGUGUGCAAAUUUGCCUGUGCUUAUGGGGAUGCGAGCUGCUGCUGCGACGGCGCAAGCAUAAACUUAUGUCGCCAACUGUAGUCAUCUGCAGAAAGCAGCCUUUCAGGGAGGGCUGCCAUGCGUUGCCUAUUCCUGGAACAGGCGACUUCCCUCACUGAAACGCUGGUUUCUGUAAAUGACGACAGGCGGCAACAUAAGUUUAUGCUUGUGCCGUCGCAUUAGCAGCUCGCAUCCCCAUAAACACAGGCAAAUUCGCACUUUUUUCUUGAAAGCCAGGCAGUUAACUGUGGUAAGGGUUAUACUAAAGGACGUAGACCCCGAAAUGUGAUAUUUCAGCAAAGUUUGAGCAAGAACAGUGCAGCGGUGAGCUCAAAACCUUUUUCGAACACUCGCAGCGAAAUAUUCAGGACCUUGUACAUUGACGUGAUUGGACAAGUAAAAGUUGUGAUGUCACGGAAUGCCUCUUGGCUACAGUGAAUCGCUGCACCUGCCAAGGGAAAGUGUCGCUGAAAGUGAUUGAUCGGGAAUGCAGCUCCUGAACACGCUUUGUGGUAGUUAUGUAACAUAGUGGCCUGUUGGAGGGAAACAUGCUAAUUUUGUCAUAGUAUUGAUUGUCGCUUGCUUGUAAUAUAUGCUUGCUGAAUGCCAUGACCUUCAAAGAAUAUUGUAUUUACAUAGCCUGGUGCUUUUUUUGCCGCGUUAAUAACAUUUGAAAGUGGUGAGCAUAACUCGAGUCGUUACUGUGAGCAUUGGAACAAUGCUGUAAGACUGCUUCAGCUUUUCUGUAAGCAUUCGAUUACUUUUAGUUAUGUUAAGCCCUGUAGGUAUGCUAACCGAUGAUGUAUAAUUUACUGCUCUACAUUUAAAUGCAGGAAAUAAUUAUAUAGGCCUGUUCAUUAUUGUAAACACAGAUGGCAAAAAUGUUUAUUUUGUUUACUCUCACGGAUGCGUGCCAUUUUCACGCAUGUUUUUGAAGAGAUGCUCUGGCAUGCCUUUUGUGCUAGAGCACUGCAGCUCGAAUAAUAGGUGAAAUUUUAUGCUUUGUAAUUUGUUUUAACCAUCCUGUGUGCUCUUUUCUUUUUUACAAAUGAAAUGUUUACCCUUUCACACAUUGUCAAAGUAUCAUCAGUCAAUCCCUACUACUAGCUUUGAGUGCAAGCCAGUGGGUUGCAUAUGUUUUUGUUGCGACAUGUAGGCCUACGUUGCAGUGUAAGAAAUUCUGGUGUAUGUUGGUACAUUUGCAGCUUUGCAGUAGAUAAGUUUGGCUUACUUCAAAUGCCUGUGUCAUGUUUCUCACUAAACUGCAGUUCACAUUCAAUAACGCUUUGUUACAUUAUAUGCGUGCACUUCGAAUGCUUGCCAUGCAGCAGUGCAACAACUUUUUAGUCUCCUUCGGUACAUGAAUUUCUUUUUAAAUGUUUGUUAGUGAACUGCUGAGUAUGUAGUGCGAGGAAGCUCCUUGGUGCGAUUUAGGGAAAUGUAUCGCCUUAAAAAUGUUGGAUGUUCCUCUGGUUGUUUCUGCAGAGUGCCUUAGUACUUGGUGCAUAUCAUAAAAGGAGUAAGACAAGUUGCAUUUGUCAUUCUGUGCUGACAAUGUUAACGGACGAAGUGUUAAACACUAGUAGAACCCUAUCUUAGUAUGCUAGUACAGUGUACACAAUAAAGAAGUAAUGGGACCACAGUGUGCAGACUUGCAAGGCUGUAGAGAGCUUUGCAAAUCAUGUACGCUCAUCAGGUUUUCUUUUUUUUAAGUGUUCACCUGUGUUGGUAGUGGAAAAUGUUGGGGUACGCAGAGCGCCAUCUUCAGGCUAUGUUUCUUGUAGCUACAUAAGUUUCAUUGCAGUCACAAAGUGUAACUGUAAAAUGCUCUUUUACUCGAUCUUAUGUAACUUUGAAAAUAAGCCAUUAGCAUCACUUUGUUUUGAGAACAUGCUCCUCAUUUACAGGGUCCUUAACAUUUCGCUGUGCAUGUUCGAAUCCGCUCACUGCUGCACUGUUUUUGCUCAAAUUUUGCAGAACGAUUGCAUUUUGGCAUCUACUUUGUCUAGUGUAACAUUUACCACAGCUAAUUGCCUGGUUUUAAUAGAAAAAAUGCAAAUUUGCCUGCGCUUAUGGGGGUGGAAGCUGCUGCCCUGACAGCGCAAGCAUAAACUUGUGUCGCCACUUGCCGUGAUCUGCAGAAAGCAGCGUUUCAAGGAGGGCAAAUUCGCACUUUUUUCUUAAAAACCAGGCACUUAACUGUGCCAAGUGUUGUACUAAAUGAAGUCGAUGCCAAAUGCAAUUGUUCUGCAAAAUUUGAGCAAGAGCAGCGCAAAACCUUUUUUCAAGCAUGCACAGCAAAAUUUUCAGCACCCUGUACACACUGUUAAGCUUAGCUAGGCCUAGUAAGGGAUCAUACCAGAUGGCACCACACUUCUAGUGUUGGCCAUACAAAACACACUGCUAAAAGCCUCUACGAAAAGCAUGUAAGAGGCCAUAGCAUUUCUGUGUUUGGCCACGGAGAUAGCCCAAAUGCUUUUCUAAAGCUAAUGUGUCAGAACAUGUAAACUGCUAACAUUAUGUUGAAGUGUAAGUGUAAGUGUUGAAGCUCUUGAAGCUGUAUGCUUGAGCUUUGAACUGCACUUUUACAAAUAAUAAAUGUUGCUAGCUUUGCAGGCAGUGAAGCGCAUAAUUUCAGCAAAUACUUCAAGGUUGUGGGUAUCAUGCCUCCUGUAAUAUUUGGUAUCACAGCCUGUCAUUCAUUGUUUCGUCUGUAAUGAGAUUGCGACCUUGAACGUUGGGUGCGAUGUGAAACUGUGGUGCUCUCUAAAAUGUGCACCUGUUGUUGUCUUCGUGUGUUUUAUCUGUUAACGAACUGUUAUUAACAAAGUGCCCCUCCUGAUUGUUCUUUCUUACUGUUCAUCUUGGAUGUACGUCUUACCGAUUUGGCUAUGUGCAACCUCGUAGAGUGUACUGCACGAUGAGAGAAGCGGUGAUUGCGGCAGCGUAUGUGUGGCUUCUUUUGGCCAGGGUGCACAUUCCUCCGUUACACUCCAUAUUUAUUCCACUGCAGCUCAAGUCUUGAAGAAAGUAGUGUGGUAAGGAAGCACAGCGUUGCCAGUGGGCUCUUUCUAAGGCAAAUUGGGCAUUUCCAUAGCGCAGCUGCAGUGUACUGAACACGUUGCCACUUUGCUGGGAAAAUGUGUUUCGCCCUUUUUCUGUGGCUUGCACUGUCCGAAGCCAGAAGCACCUCCCUUCAUCAUUACAUUUUUUUUUUUAUCCAGUAUUAAAAAAGGGAACGGCUGCCUCAUGUGCUGACACUGGGUUUAGCAAUUUGGGGGAGUACAAAGAGAAAAAAGAAGAAUUGGCAUUUCAACACCAUACAGAAUUACGUAAUAGUCACACCCUCAGUCUUGAAAGAAAGACUCAGAGGGAUGUUUUUAGAUUUUACCCACGUACAAGUAGCAGUGAUUGCAUUAGUCGUAACUUAGGUAGUCAUGAGUGCCACCUUCCAACAAAUCCAGUUGUAGCUCCAAGUUGUUUCUUGCAGGACACUUUUUCAUGCGCUAGUUUGUUCAAAAUUGACAGUAAGGGUACUGCACGAAUAUGCAAAGACAAAGAAAUGCAUAAACGCAUGACGAGAACUACGUGGACACACCGAGAAUACAUAUUUCCUUUGUCGUUGCAUAUUCAAGUAGUAGCUCUACCUCAAAAUAGCGCUGUUUGAAUUUUAUUGUUAGAAGGACUGAGAACAGAGCAGGUACACAAAGAAAAAUGUGUACCUCGUUUUUGUCUUCAUGUAUUUGGGGAGCAGCUUCGCCACCAAGUUCUGUGUCUUCAAGCUGCUGUGCAAAUGCGUGAAGUCAAUGGACUUAAAAAUUCAGGUGGUCAAAAUCUCAGGUGGUCAAAAUCUGGAACCCUUCAUUACAGGGUUUCUCAUAACCCUUGAAUUGCUUUACGAUGUUAAAUCCUAUUGUUAAAAUGUGUAAAUACGUUUAAGACAAUGGACUGUGAAAAUUUGCAGAAAAUGUGUACUCUGUCUUUGUGUUCACACAGCGGCUUUACAGCUUUAUUGACUGCACCAGGAUGAAAAACACUGGCUUGUGGUUGUGGCACUCGUCCUUCCAGUUUGUGUUUCAUGUCAAGACAGGCUUCCCAUUGCACAUAGUAAUCAUUGGGGCUGUUUGCUGCCCAUCCAAGGGCUUCCACUUCGAGUGCCUUCGCAACUCUGCCAUUGAGCAGUCCACUUGCUGUUUCGACAGCCACGUCCUGAAAUGUGCCUCGGGUUCAACUGUCCCAUGCAUGCGCCGAGAUAAUAAAUGUUGAUGGUGCACCGCAUGCGUCUGCUGAUGCAUGUAAUUGUUGUUGCCAAAUGUUUUUUGGCUCCUAGAAGUGAGGCAUUUUUUAGAGAUGUAUUUUUGUACCUUUUUUUUUCUUUGAAGACCUGAAUGGCUUUAAGAAAAACCUACCUGUUGUGUUUUUUGGUCUUUCAUGCUGACAUUGCAAUAUUAAAUUUUUUGAAUUUUAUAUUUGCUAUCAUGUACAAAAUGUUUUUAGGGAGAAAUAUAUUUUAAAUUUGGUCUGGUACAUUGUUUAAAUAAAGCCCAUGCUUCUAU